ACAGCUGUUAAAUAAUAAUAAUAAUAAUAAUAAUAAUAACAACUAUAUAUAUUUUUUAUCACACUAGUAUCGGAUCUGUACUCGAUAUUGGCCGAUACCGCAUGUUCAGGUAUCGGAAUCGGUAUCAGGAAGGAAAAAAUGGUAUCGGAACAUCUCUACAGUUUAGUAAAACCUGCCAUCAUAUGAAUGUAAAACUGACCAAAAUAUGAGAACUUUAAUAGGCCAGUAAUUUCCUUUGACAUCCGUCAGUAUAAGAAACUGUUGAUAUUGACUUCCACUCUUGUAUUAAACAGACAUGAAUGCCACAGUGCGGAUUAUCGACCAGCUGACCAACAUCCUGGCUCCCAUGCUGGUGGGCCAGAUAAUGGCGUUUGGCUCCAAUUUCAUUGGCUGCGGCUUCAUCUCUGGCUGGAACCUGUGCUCCAUGUGUCUGGAGUACGCGCUGCUGUGGAAGGUCUACCAGAAGACGCCGGCGUUGGCCUCGAAAGGCGGCCAGAAGGAGCAGCAACAGGAGCUCAAACAGCUCAGCGCCCCGAAAGACUUGGAGAACGGCCAGAGUCCUGAGGAGUCGUCUCAGCCGCUGAUGAAUGAAACCUCAGCCGUGGCCAAGCCCGACGCUCCCAAGCAGCACGGCUGCUGCUACCAGGUGACCGAACCCCUGCGCACCUUGAAGGCCGGCUGGGUGGCCUACUACAACCAGAACAUUUUCUUGGCCGGCAUGUCCUUGUCUUUCCUGUACAUGACGGUGCUGGGCUUCGACUGCAUCACCACGGGCUACGCCUACACGCAGGGCCUCAACGGCUCGGUGCUCAGCCUGCUGAUGGGGGCCUCGGCCGUGGCGGGUAUCUGCGGCACCGUUGCCUUCACUUGGAUCCGCAAGAAGUGCGGCCUGAUCCGCACGGGCUUCAUUUCAGGCGUGGCCCAGCUGUCCUGCCUACUGCUGUGUAUUUUCGCUGUCUUUGCUCCCGGGAGCCCCUUCGACCUCAGCGUCUCGCCCUUCCAGGACCUUUACACCCACCUGAUCGGAGAGAAGGCGCUGCCCGAGGCCGACCACAUCCUCACCAGCAUUCUUACCGGUGGAAACGCUACCACUACUGCUGCGCCAACUGAAGAGCUGCCACCUCUACAGUCCUACAUGUCUGUUAUUCUGCUGUUUUCUGGCGUCAUUGCUGCUAGAGUUGGCCUGUGGUCUUUUGACCUGACAGUGACUCAGCUCAUCCAGGAGAAUGUGAUCGAGUCGGAGCGAGGUGUGAUCAACGGCGUCCAGAACUCCAUGAAUUACCUCUUAGACCUGCUGCACUUCAUCAUGGUGAUUCUGGCUCCGAACCCGGAGGCCUUCGGCCUGCUGGUCAUCAUCUCUGUGUCCUUCGUGGCCAUGGGUCACAUCAUGUACUUUGGAUUUGCCUUCAAGAGCCUGGGCAGCCGCCUCUUCCUCUGCUGCUCGCCGGAGCAGAAGGCGGAGCCGGUGGACAGCCUCUCACUUCCUACCACCGUCUAACCCCACUAAAGACACUCUGUCCUGGGUACAUACUUCUCAAGCCUUACCCGACCCCCUGCAUCUUAUCAUACUAACAGCUUUGCUUGUAGCCGGCAGAAUGCGAAUGCUAACAGAAACCAGAGAAAAGGUAACUUAACACGCUAUGCAUACUGUAGCCAUGAAUACAGCACUAAUCAUGAGUAGGAGGCGAGUAGAAAGCUAACCCAUCAGUACAACUUUAGAUAAGGCAGGGCUCCUCUCACUAUUUCAGUGUGGGAGUCAGGUGAGAGCCGCUCACCUGUGGGUCCAUGCUCUUCGAUACAUACAUGCACUGUCAACCACUUCUAGGCUUGUGACCCCAACGUGGGUCCUGUUAAAGAAAUCAGGGGAUAACACUGUAAAAAUCUCCUCCUUCUCCUAACAGCCUGGACCUAGCUGUCAAGAAUUGUAAAAGGUGCUCCAGCUAACUAAAGGGCAGAACGACGGAGAAAUCUCGCAGGGAAGCGGGCACUGAGGCUCGGAUUAAGGGGGACGACUCUUGUCUGAGAAAAGAGAGAACGUCCCCCGUCUUCUGACACUCGCCUCUUGGUGCUGUAGCUGUGUCUGCUAGCAGUUCUCUAAUAGCUUAGCCUACAUAUACAUGUAUGAUGAGCAGGUAAUGGAUGUCUUCCUCCAGAAGGUUUUUUUAUUUAACCAAACACAAAACUGGGAUGUAGUCUCUCUUAAC